GGCGCGCGCGGGGCACGAGAAAAAUGGCCAUGACAUGGACAUGUGCCAAAGGAGAAGAGAGAGAGAGAGAGAGAGAGAGAGAAAUGGAUUGGGGGUUGAGGGAGUGGGCAAGAAAGAAGGUUUUGGUACGCGGCACGGCGAUGAAGCUCGGAGGAGUAAGCCAGCCCGUCCCUUGGACGAGGCGGAGAAUCCAAAAGUAUGAAAGCCUGAUACGUAUGACUUUUGGAAAGGCGCUUCGGAAAGACGUGUCUGGAAUUCUGUAGUGCUGUAUACAUCUCUCCCCGAUAUCCCUGACACAAAUUUUCCACCUCCGCGACCCUCCUCCACAUCACAAGCACAAUAAUGUCGACGCAGAACCUCACCGUCGUGCUCGCCGAGCGUCCCAAGGCCGAGAUCGUCCCCGGCCAGACCUUCAAGACGGAGCUGAAGCCUAUCCCCAAGGCCGACGACCUCAAGGAUGGAGAGAUCCUCAUUGAGAACUGGUACCUCUCGCUGGACCCCGCCAUGCGCGGCUGGUUGAACGACCGCCGCUCCUACAUCCCCCCCGUCCAGAUCGGCGAAGUCAUGCGCGGUGCCACCGUCGGCCGCGUCAUCGCCUCCAAGUCCCCCAAGGCCAAGGAGGGCGACGUCCUCCCCGCCUUCGGCGGCUGGUCCGAGUACAGCGUCAUCCACGACAGCCGCGUCGAGCCCGUCUCGUCUUACCCGGCCGUCUCGCAGCCGGUCGACUACCUCUCGGGCAUCGGCAUGACGGCGCUGACCGCCUACUUUGGCAUGCUCCGCGUCGGCGACCCGAAGCCCGGCGAGACCGUCGUCGUCUCGGGCGCCGCCGGCGCCACCGGCAGCGUGGCCGGCCAGAUCGCCAAGCUCAAGGGCGCGCGCGUCGUCGGCCUCGCCGGCUCCGACGACAAGUGCCGCUGGCUCACCGAGGAGCUCGGCUUCGACGCCGCCCUCAACUACAAGGACCCCGAGUUCAAGCAGAAGUUCAAGGACGCCACCCCGAACUUCAUCGACGUCUACUUUGACAACGUCGGCGGCGACAUCCUCGACAUGGCCCUCGCCCGCGCCAAGGAGUUCUCCCGCUUCGUCAUGUGCGGCGGCAUCAGCCAGUACAACUCGGCCACGCCCCAGGGCCCCAAGAACUACGCCAACAUCAUCACGAUGCGCAUCAAGAUGCAGGGCUUCAUCGUCUUCGACUUCGUCAAGGAGUACGCCCAGGCCCGCAAGGAGCUCGCGGCGUGGCUCGAGGAGGGCAAGAUCAAGCGCAAGGAGACCAUCGUCAAGGGCGGCCUCAAGACGGCCGAGCAGGCACUCGUGGACCUGUACAAGGGCAUCAACACGGGCAAGCUGAUUGUCGAGAUCAAGAACCCCAAGGACGCGGCCAAGCUGUAAACAGGCGCCGCGUAUGUCUCCGGGGGUUUGGUUUUUGUCGGAGGAAGCGGAGGAUCACGAAAAUCUUGCACUGCGAAUGACUUGAUGACACAAAAUGUACAAUUAUGCAUAAUGACCUCGGACUUGGGUACGGAAUGGAUAGAGAUGCCGAUGGGAUGAGGGCAAAACAAAUAGAAUGUUCAGAUCGCUCUAUCGGGAGUAUGGGACCUAUGUGCUUAACCGGGCUUAUAUGGGAUGCAUAACAGAAAUAAUGCAUAGUAUGCAUAGUAUGCAUAGUAUGCAUAGUAUGUAAAUAUCAGAUCGACCAGCCUCCCCGCCAUCGCCAA